AUGGAUUCUGCACAAAUCAUUCUUCAUAAAACUAUUAUUGAGACAAUGCAAAAACAAACUGAUUUCAAGUGUGGCGAUUUUGCUGGACCAUUCACAUUGAUCGACGGCGAGAAGUCUUUGAAUAUUACUAUUUCCAAUUUCACUGGUGAAAAAAUGAGUUUAGAGAUAGAAGAUAAUGAAAUCACAAGAAGAAUUCAAUCAGUUUCUACUCCACUUUUGGCGAAUUGUGUUCUUUUGCAAACAGGAAAAUUGAUUCAAAUUCUAUUCACAAAAGAUAUAAUGAUUUCGGAACCACUACGAGCUGUUCUAGUUGCUGACAUGAACCAUCGUCAGGAACAACAAAAACAAGAAACUGAUAAAAAAUAUGAAUGCUCUAAAUGCUACAUGGCGAAGUUCAAUUCUCUCCAGAAUCUGAAAGUUCACGAAGAGAUGUACUGCACCAAGAAGGAAGUGCAAGUUCCAGAAAAUAAAAAGUCAUGUUUCGAAAAUCCUCAAAACUUAAUUUUGUUACCAAUGGCAUAUCACGAUUUAUUACAACAAAACGCAGUUCAGGUUAUGGGUCCAGUGCACUCGCUGAUUCCAGUGGCUGUUGGGAGAAAGUCAACUUUGGUUAAUACAAGUCCAAUAUUUGUACACAAUAAAACUAAUCUGGAAAUACCGACGAAUCUGAAUAUAUCUAAUUCGAAGCUUUCCAUUAAUAUUCCAGUAAUUGAUCUAGAUGAAAAAAUCCCGAGUACAUCCACUGUAUUGGACCUAUCAUCUUCAUCUCAAGCAGCAAGUAUUCCAUCACUUUCACCCAGUUGUUCUCCUACUUCCAAAAGUUCCAGUAGUGAACCUUUCUAUCCUGAUCGUCCAUUUUCUUGUACUUGUGGAGUAUCAUUUUCCUCACAAACCACUUACGAUGCUCAUCGUCAAUUAUACUGUAGCCAUACAGUUCGAGAGACUUCUUCUGGUGGACCGAAUCGAAAUGAUUCUUCGAGAAAGGUACCGGACAAAUGUGCAAAGUGCGAUUUCGUGCCAGCUACAUCUUCACAACUUUCAAUGCAUAUCCGAUCAUCGCACCAGACAACGAAAACAUUUACAUGCUUAGUUUGUGGGUAUAGAGCAUUUAGUAUGAGAGGAGUAAGAACUCAUAUGAGAUCUCAUCCGACUGAAGAUGCGCAAAAAUUUAAAGCGAAUGAUACGGAGGAAUAA